UAUCGAUAAUGAAUCCUAGUUGAGAGUUUCUAAUCGAAAGCUCAAAAAUUCAGGGACAUGCAACGAAUCUUCUUGAGUGAAUAGCAAAUAGAAUGGAUAAUUCUGUUUGUGCCAUAUAGCAGUCAUGUUAGCAAGAGGCGUAUCACGCUGCUGUUUAACCCUAAAGCUACGGCCACUAUCGAUCCGUCCAAUAAACCAAUAUGGUCAGCAAUGCCGUCAAUAUUCAAUGCCUUCAGGUCCUGUAUCCUCAGCAAGUUCCACAAGCUCAUCAGGAAUGUUGGCACCUAUCACCAAUGAAUUGGACAAGAUAGCCCCAUCUUUCAAUAUUAGCGGGUCCCAAAUACAGAUCAUCAAGACUCCCAACGAUUUUUACGAGACACUCAAGGCUAGGAUACGGAAGGCUAAGAAACAAAUAUUCUUAUCUACUCUCUAUAUUGGAAAAUCCGAAAAAGAGUUGAUUACCACUUUACAAAAUGCCCUACGCGCCAAUCCCAACUUAAAGUUGAGCAUUCUCACUGACGCAUUACGUGGAACGCGGGAGGCCCCUGAGCCAUCUUGCGCAUCACUUUUAGCCCCUCUCGUCACUGAGUUUGGCGCCGAUCGUGUUGAGAUCCGAAUGUACCAUACCCCGAAUCUAACCGGAUUACGGAAGAAGUACAUACCAAAACGGAUCAAUGAAGGAUGGGGUCUUCAGCACAUGAAGCUCUACGGCGUUGACGAUGAGAUAAUACUCUCAGGCGCGAAUCUUUCCAACGAUUACUUCACCAAUCGUCAAGACCGAUACCAUUUAUUCUCUUCCAAUGAAGUGACUGAUUAUUUCUGGAAUCUCUACCAAGGAGUAACCUCCCUUAGCUUCUUGGUACAGCCUACGAAGGAUGACCCCGCUGGCUUCAGGCUGCAAUGGCCGACGACUAACUCUGCCCCCUCCCCCCUUGACCAGCCCGCUGAGUACAUCUCAAAUGCCACAACUCUUAUAUCAGGGUUAAUAUCACCAAAGAAUACGCAAGACAAUAUCAAAGCUCACGAUCAGCAUACGCUCUCUCCCAAGGACACCACGGUGUAUAUGCUUAGCCAGCUCUCGCAGCUUAUGAAACCUGAUACCUCGACUGAACUGCCAGCCAUCACCCACGUCCUCAAGACGCUAGGUAAGCCGGACUAUGCCGGGUCGUCGUGGACAUUUACUGCGGGAUACUUCAAUCCAGCCCCGUCGCUUACAAAUCUCCUACUCUCAACGGCUUCGCAGAAUAAUGUGGUCAUUACGGCGUCCCCAUAUGCUAACGGUUUCUAUAAGUCGAAAGGUGUGUCGGGGCUCUUACCCGAUGCCUACACCCUCCUCGCUCGGAGGUUUCUUCGUGCAGUCAAGGCACAGAAAAUGGAUUCGUCCGUUGUGCUGAAGGAAUGGAGAAGAGGCACCGUCAAUGAGCCGAAUGGAUGGACUUAUCACGCCAAAGGACUAUGGGUAACACUGCCAAAUGACCAAGGCCCGUCAAUAAGCAUCAUCGGAAGCUCCAACUACACAAAACGAAGCUAUUCCCAUGACCUCGAAGCCGGUGCUCUAAUCGUAACUCAGAAUCCUGGCUUGAAGGCCAGAUUAGGUGACGAACAGAAAUGGCUUCAAGAGUAUGCCAAUCCUGUAACUCUAGACGAUUUCGCAAGAACAGAAAGACGAGUCGGAUUGCAUGUCCGAAUUGCAAUGUGGAUCGUGAGUGCUGUCGGCGGCGCUCUAUAAUGGCUCGACAAAAAUUUGAAACCCGAGAAACAAGGGUCCCGGCUGCCGUGGGUUUUCAUAUGAAGGGGCAAUUAUAUCCUUCUUUGAUGAGUUGACCACGGGCCGUUAUACCUCCGCUAUCAGGCUCAAAACACCAGAAAAGGCUCAAAUCUCGUAAACGGAAUGGCUUCCUCCGCUUUUGAUCUCACCAUCUCAAUUCAAUGAUACCCAAACAAAGCGUUUUAAUAGAUUCAUACACAUGUUUUGACUUAACAUUUACUUUUUCUUCGUAACCCCCUGAUA